GUAACUUGGAGGCGUGCCCGACCAUGGUUUAAAAACUAUGGUUGAAUAAUUUUCCACCUUAUCACCUGGCUCACUCGCAGCCACUCUCACCAGCCAUGGCCACUCUAAACCUCUCGAUCCUCCCCAAAACCCUUACCCUCAAUUCGAAAACCCUAACUCCUCUCCUCUCAUUCCCUUCAACUUCCUCCCUACCAUUCAUCCACUGCGCUCCUACGCAUCAGACCAAAACAAGAAUCACCAAUUUCCCGGCGGUGAAAGCUGUGGUUGAUGGGGAAUACUCCGCGAAAAGGGGCGGCGGCGGCGGUGAGGAAAGGGAGACGAUAAGGUUACCCGGAUGUGAUUACAGUCACUGGCUCAUCGUCAUGGAGUUUCCCAAAGACCCAGCUCCUACCAGGGAGCAAAUGAUCGACACCUAUCUCAACACACUAGCGACCGUUCUCGGAAGCAUUGAAGAAGCAAAGAAGAAUAUGUACGCGUUUAGUACAACUACAUACACUGGCUUCCAAUGUACUGUAUCUGAAGAAACAUCCGAGAAGUUCAAAGGUCUACCUGGUGUUUUGUGGGUCUUGCCAGAUUCUUAUAUCGAUGUCAAGAACCAGGAUUAUGGAGGAGAUAAGUACAUCAAUGGAGAGAUAAUCCCUUGCCAGUACCCGACUUAUCAGCCAAAGCAGAACAGAAGUUCAAAACCGAAGAGCAAAGCAUACAUAAGACAGCGAGAUGGCCCUCCUGCUGAAAGUAGAGGACCAAGUCAAAAAAUAUCUCCAAAAUCUGCUUCUUAAUUGGCUAUGGCAGGUUCAAUUCUAUUUUGUUAUUCACUUUUAGAACUACUGAAUUAUUUGGGUUUUUUUUUUUUCGGUUUUUAUUUAUAGGUCGCUGGUAUAAUAGUCGAUGAGAAUUGAAUCACUGUUAAUGGAUGUUCAUCAUUUGUGGCUUUAUUUGGUUCUGAAGCUAGGUUGAGAUUGGUUAAAUUUAGCAAUUGACGUGCAAUUGCUGGUACAUAUUGGCCAUUCAAAAUGAGAGCCGUAGUUAAUGCUGUAGUUGUUCAAUUUGAAUAUAAUGUGUUGUUAUUAUUCAACUGUUUGGAUCUUUUGGUGGGCGGCAAAAUGAUGCUAUAAUAGUCUAUCUUGUUUGUUUUUACUUUUCUCCUUCAUUCAUUUUUUCUUGUGUUGACAUUAAUGCUUUACAUUACACUUCAUCACUGAUAUCACGUCAAAUAUAUCUUUUAGCAAUGUAAAGUCCACUGAAUUGAACUCUGUAAAUACGUU